UGAAUCGCUCUCGCGGUACUUUGACGUUUGACGCCGAGGGAUCUGCGCAACAACGCAUGAAGUCGAACACACCUAGAACCUUUAGCCCAUUCCGACUCCAACAGACUAGAGAAAGUGGUCCAGAGUGCGGAGUGUGUGAAAUACGCUGCUGUGCCAGACAUGGCAGGCUUUGCGAGCAAGUUGAGCUCUUACUCCUUAGUGCAGUUGAACGAACUCCUCGAAGAUGACGAGAAGCUCAAUCAAAUUAUAAACGACAUGGAGGAGAUUAAAGGUCUACAACAGAACAAGGAGUUGACAUUGGCUAGUAACCGCGUUCUGGCUGAGCGGAACCUUGAACUCCAGCCCAGGCUAGACCACCAAAAAAAUGAGCUUACCAAACGCUACCAGUGCCUACAAGAAGACUUUGAGGCCUAUCAGCUGCGCAAGUCCACUCUAGACCACAAGUCUGGAAACACUUCGUUGGACACAUUGCUUGCACUUCUACAAGCGGAAGGGGCCAAAAUCGAGGAAGAAACUGAGAACAUGACGGAUUCUUUCCUUGACGGUGCUACCCCCCUUGACGCAUUUAUUGAUGAGUACCAGAAUAAGAGGAAGCUCGUGCACCUGCGGAAAGUGAAGAUUGAGAAGCUCCGGGAAAUUGUGCUAAAGGGACCCCAGGUAGCUCCGGCCACACCUCAGCCUUCUCGCUCUCAGGACCUUCUCUCCAUGCCAGCAGAUGUUCAAAGAGAAGUCAAUGGCUCCCCAUUGCCGAUGCCCCGCCGGGCUCCUCCUCACCCCCCUCUUAAAGUUACCCAAACUCCCACUGUUCAGCCACCAGCAGCUUUCUCUUACCCCUCACCCUCCCCGUUUCCCCCUACCUCUCCAUACCCCCCUAUUCCUCCAAGAGUCGGAAAUACACCAACCAGUCUUAAUCAGGGAUACCCCAACAUAUAUAUGCAACAAUACCCCCCACCUGUGCCCCAGAGACCCCCACCACGCAUGGCACCCCAGCCAGGUUUCAUAAUGCAAUGAGUGGAGAAGAAACAAUAUGUACACUGGACGUUCAUUCAAGCCUUUUGUAGGUCCUCCAAGCUGCAUGUUGAAUAAUAUUGUGCGCCAUGAUGCCAAGAUGGAGUUUUGUCAUAUACAAUAAUCAACAGGACAAAUCUACAAGCAAAUGGGUAUCUACAACUGGGACCUUUAAUGUGCACUUUAGACUUUUUUGUGUAUUUGAUCAGUCACCGCUGGUUACAGAGUCAUUAUUUUCCUAUUCUGUACUCUUUUUAGGAGAGGUAGAUAAAUUCAUAGCUAAAUAUGACAUGAGCUACGUUAGUUUAGCACACUUAGUGAAAAUAUGAAAAUUCCUAAAUUGAGGUUCUGCAGUGAUGUAAGGCAUCUUAGUUAUUCAGUCAGACCGAUAUAAAGCUACAAUCAAGCAUAUUUUUGAGUUGUACUUAAUUCACCCACUUUAAUAUCAUCUGACAUUUCAUAACUGACAAAAGCUGCUUUAAAGUUGGCGAAGGUGAUGCCUAUGCAAACAGGCUGAGACUAAACUCUGUCUAGUUCAUGGAGGGGGGGGGGGUAUUUUAUCACUGCAUCCAGUUCUUAUGUGCUUGUGUUGUUAGCCGUAAAGCAGUGAUUUCAUACCAGCUUAUUUAAAAAAGUUAAGCAUCACUUUGAGUAAAUGUGGGUGAAAUCAUUUGGUACUGAUGUGGUUGAUGAAGCAGAGAUUAGAGGCUACUGCUACACAAUAAGAAGACCGCAAUGCCUUAUGUAUCUUAGAUAUGAGCAAAUUCAUUCUGACGGAGGGAAUUAAUUAGCUUAGAUUUGAAAGACGUGUGAUGGAAGGCGUGUGUGUGUACGUGGGGAAAUGUGUAAAUGAGUUAUUUUUAGUAAAUGAGUCAUGCAAGUGUGAACAUUUGUGAGGCAUAUGUGCUUGUACCGUCUUAUCCAACAUACUUAAACUGAUAUGCAUAACGUACCAUUUAUUGUUUAUAUCUAACACAUUAAUCAUCCAUGUGCUUAUUUUUGCCAUCUGGUGUAAAAAUGUUGAUUUGAAGAAGUGCUUCCUUUUCAUAAACCUUUUUUAUGUCAAUCUAUAUUGACAUUAAACAUCGUUAUGUUAGAUAAUAUAGCCAUACUAUUGUGACUCAUGUUUACCAUUUAUCUUUAUUGGUUUAAUUCAACUUUUUCUGCAUCAUCAGGUCUGUUACAUAUCCAUAUGUUGUUCCAUCUUUAAUGUGUAUAACUAGCUUUCAUUUCUGUAUAUAAAUAUUUAUGGUUGGCAUUAUCUGUGACUGAAAUAGCCACUUUGUGCCUAUGGUGGGUAGGAGGAGGACAUGGUUACUGUGGUGACCACCAGUGUGUUUUGUGCUUAUAUCUCCUUGCCUUCCCACUCAAUAACUAAUUACUUAAAAUUUCUAGAAUGCAAAUUUCAAUAUGCUGUUUACGCAGGUACAUCCUUACAAGUGUCCUUUCGUUUAGCUGUAUAUGUUAGAGGCAUAAUUACAUUGUCACACAUUCAGGAAGUUGACGUCAUAGACACAGGAAGAGUGUAACUUUGUUUAGGUGAAGUCCUCUCUUUAAUCAUUGGUGCUGCUACAUUUAUCUGUCGACAUAAUCAUUUAAUCAAUGAGAUUUAUUUGGCUCUGUUUGAAUUACAUCACUUUGUGUUAGUCAGUCUAGGCUGUCUGUCUGUUUUGUUUAAAUGCACCAGAAUUAGGAGUAGAAACAUGUGAGUACUUCAUGUAUGAGGUUGUGUUAUGUCUAAACAGUGACUUAAUACCUGAAACACUGUGUACUUUAAUGAGCUUGCCAACCAUCUGGAAAAAACAGCUUUUGUGUCUCUCUUUGUCUUAGAAAUAAUUAUAAUGCCUAGAUUUAUAACUUGUUACUUGGUUGAAUGCUGUCGGUGAUAUAAAAUAGGGUUUUGAACUCUUAUAAUGUGUAAUAUGCAGACUAUUCUGUUCUAGUUGUUCUUCAUUGAAAGUGAAAUAAAUUUUAAAUGUAACUGACAUUUCUAAUUUACAGAUAAUAAAAUGUAUCCUAUCGAGUUCAAA